AUGGAUUCAAAAGAAUCGGCAGUAAUUAGUCCUGCAAAAUUCGAAAAAUUGAAAGCUCUUGCCCAUCUAGCAUCAAGUCCUCAGCAUAAAAGUAAAAUCCCAAUUCCAAAAAAUAAUAAGCAGAAACUUCCUCAUUUAAAUAAGAAAGUGGUAAAGAAGAGGAGUAUAAAUACUGAAAGGCCAUCAAAAAUUCCUCAAUUUUCUCCAGAUGCAAAAAAGAAACGUCAACAGAGCAGUCAACAGCAAGUUAAACCUCCAAAUGUUGCGAAUAAGGAUUAUACAAGUGAAUUAAAUGCAAUUCGUGAGAGAUCAAUAAUUUUGAGAAGUAAAAUUGAUAUUCUUCGUGAAAAGCGGAUCAUGGAAGUUCGUAGUGCUCAACAAAACAUGGAGCAAAUAAUGGAUAAUCAAACAGGAGAUUAUUACCAAGCUAUGGCUAAAAUCUUUUAUAAUUCAAAGCCAAAUUAA